CGCUAAGAUCAAGAAACGAUUUUUUGAAACUUGUUUGAAAAAAAAUUUUAACAAAUUUUUUCGGUGUUAGUGUCCGCCAACCUGUGGCCUAGCUGUUGGUAUGAUCGAACUGAGGAUAUUAGGAGACGAACAGUCCUUACGGAAAAAAAUGUCAGGUGAAGUGCGAGCGCCAUGUAUACCGUUUUGUGGAGCAUUUGAGUUAGCCUUAAGGGGUCACGAUGAAAAGGAAAAUUCGGAAAACAGAGGCAUAUUUAAGGAGCUGGUGAAUUUUAGCGCCGAAUUAGACAACGAAUUGAAAGUCCAUAUUCAAAGUGCCAAACUUUUCAAGGGUACCUCAAAAACAACUCAAAACGAGCUUCUUGAGUGCAUGCUAGAUGUUUAUCAUGAAGAAGUUAAGAAGGAGAUUGCAAAUUCUCCUUUUGUUGCAGUAAUUGCCGAUGAAACGACUGACGUAGCCUGUGAAUUUCAAUAUUUGUGUAAAGGACAACCAGUUGAGAGAUUUUGGAGAUUUUACGUCCCCGACGGACACGAUGCCAAAUCAAUCGCUGCAUGCGUUUUAAAUGUUGUAAAUCCAUUAAUAGAUCAAAAUCCAAACAAAUUAAUAGCUCAAAGCUAUGAUGGUGCGUCUGUUAUGAGUGUUUAUGAAAAUAGGAAAGACCUGAUUGAAGUUAUGGACAAUAUAGAAAGUACUUCACGCGAUUCUUCGUCGAUUAAUCAAGCCAGUGGGUACAAAUUAAAGCUGCAAGAUACAAAUUUUGUAUUUUGGCUAAGUAUAUUCCAUAAAAUAAUGCCACAUGUUGAAAUUGUCUUUAACCAAUUACAAAAAGUAUGCACCGAUUCUGUUAAGGUCAAAAAUGAUUUAGAGAAUUUUGAAGCAGCAAUUCAAACUAUACGAGAACAAAUGGAUAGCAUUAUUGACGAGAUUGAACGAGUGCAGAGAGAAACUGAUGAACCGGCAAGAAAAAAAGGCAAGUUGAAGAAGGCAGCAAAAAACGGGAAGCGUUAG